AUGUCCCCGACACUGGCAACGACAGGCAGCGCGGACACGGCUUUGGUUCUAACAGGUCCGGUAACUGCAGAGACUACAGCUAGCACGGCCACUGGUGCAGUUACGGCAAGUCUGGCUAGUGCGGCCACAAGUUCGCCGACGGCCAGCAAGGCGGCAAAGACGAUUACGGGACCGGUUGGCACUGGCAUGACUGCGACUGCUGCGCUGACAGUGAAAUCAGCCACAGUAGAGGUGACGGCAGGACUUGCGGUUACUGCAGCAACUACAGAAGAUCUCGCUUGUGGUUACGGAUCGGAGGAAGCAUCGAACGACGAAUCGGAUGACGAAAUGGAAUUACCAGAACCAAUGUGUUACGUCAACGAGGUGGAUUCGAGUGACAGCGAAGAUGGUGACGUGGAUGUAUCAUUCGAUAUCAACUGCUGCUCGGAUGCCCCUAGCGACUACUACACAGGCUCGUGGGGACCAACAAGACGCUGCGCUCCAGUUCGGUCCCACGAGCUGGUCCAUGCGAUUGGCCUGUUAAUCUCUAGCUCGUUGUGCCUGAUGCGGGAUGGUGUGGCAAAGCACUGGUCCACUACUGAGGACGGAUCUGUACCUCAUGGCACAUGGGGCCGCUACGUGAAGCGCUCGCGAUACGAAGAUAUUAUCCGGUUUAUUCAUUUUAAUGACAACGGAACCCUGACGUUCUUCACGACAAGGCUAGGAAGAUCCGAAACAACGUUUCGCCGCGGGUACCGGCUCGCUCGUACUAUCUCGUUUGAUGAAGGGUUGAAGCGUACUGUGGCAAAGAGCAAGUGGCUAAAGGGAAUGUUGGUCCGUCAUGUUCGAAAUCUAUCGAAAGUGCUGUGUGGGCAAAACGAGAAGCGACUAGUUAUGACCGACAACUAUUAUUCCUGGGUCGCUCUGUUACUUAAGCUGUUGAGCAUUGGAUUAUACCACGUUGGAACGGUGCGAACAAACAAACUGGGCUGGUGCAAGUCUAUCCAGUACUCGCAAAAGAAACGACCGAUGCACAUUGCACGAGGAUCAUACCGCAUCGCCCAAUGCACAAGUCAUCCAGAACUAGUGGCGCUGUCAUGGAUGGACUCUCGGCCGGACUACAAGCGUCCACUUUGA